CGCAGAGCCUCAGCACACUACACAUUCCCCGCUUCUCCUCGUAGGUUUAUCCUGUAGGCAAACCUGCAGAAGUAAGGCAUUUGAUUAAACUGUUCUCCGGGAUCAUUAUUAUUUAUACACGCGCGGUUUGUCGUCCCGGUCGUUACGUGAAGUAACAAGUUGACCGUGAACCUGCAUCAAUCCCUUUAGCGUGCAGUAGAUGCUAAUUUCCUCACCAUGGCAACAGAGGACAAGAAACCAGAGACUGAUACCAAACCUCCAGUUGUGCCAUCAGCAUCUGCUAGCCAAAGCAAGUCUGCGCCUGCAAAGCCAAACUACAGCCUGAAAUUCACAUUAGCAGGACACACUAAAGCUGUGUCCUCAGUCAAAUUCAGCCCAAGUGGAGAAUGGCUCGCCAGCUCAUCUGCUGAUAAACUGAUCAAAAUCUGGGGAGCGUACGAUGGAAAGUUUGAGAAAACCAUCUCUGGACACAAACUGGGCAUCUCUGACGUGGCCUGGUCCUCUGACUCCAACCUCCUGGUGUCUGCAUCGGAUGAUAAAACCCUGAAGAUCUGGGAUGUGAGCUCGGGAAAGUGCUUGAAAACUCUGAAAGGCCACAGCAACUAUGUCUUCUGUUGCAACUUCAACCCCCAGUCCAACCUGAUCGUGUCUGGAUCGUUUGACGAGAGCGUACGGAUAUGGGACGUGAAGACUGGGAAAUGUUUGAAAACACUGCCGGCUCAUUCUGACCCCGUCUCAGCUGUUCAUUUUAACAGAGACGGCUCUUUGAUUGUGUCCAGUAGCUACGACGGCCUCUGCCGAAUCUGGGACACGGCAUCGGGGCAGUGUUUAAAAACCCUCAUUGAUGAUGAUAACCCUCCUGUAUCCUUUGUGAAGUUUUCCCCCAAUGGGAAAUACAUCCUGGCUGCUACACUGGACAACACGCUGAAGCUGUGGGACUACAGCAAAGGAAAGUGCUUGAAGACGUACACGGGCCAUAAAAAUGAGAAGUACUGCAUAUUCGCCAAUUUCUCUGUCACCGGGGGAAAGUGGAUCGUGUCGGGAUCGGAGGACAACAUGGUUUAUAUCUGGAACCUGCAGACGAAGGAGAUCGUGCAGAAACUCCAGGGGCACACAGAUGUUGUCAUUUCCACCGCCUGCCACCCCACAGAGAACAUCAUCGCAUCUGCGGCUUUAGAAAACGACAAAACCAUCAAGCUAUGGAAAAGCGACUGCUAAGCCCUUUUUGGAUAUUUUUUUUUUUUUUUUUUUUUUUUGGGGGCCAUUCAUCUUUUCUUUUUUACAUUUUGGUGUAAAAUGACCCUUUUUUUCUGACUGAGCUUCUGAUGGAUGCAGAGAGCUUUUAGCUAAUAAAAUCCUGCAAGGAGAGCCCAACUCUGCAGCGGACACAAUCCCCUCGCCACAUCUGACAAUAUGUGCCAGGUCCUCUGUAUUAGAAAAAGGAGUGACUAAAAAAAAAAAAAAAUUUCAAGCAAGUUCUGUUGCUUCUUUUUUUUUUUUUUUUUUUUUUUAUUUUACACUGCUUUAGCCUUCAUGUACAAUAAAUGUAAUGGUUACUGGGCCUUUGUAUGGUUUUUCGUUUCAUCUUUGUCUGUAACUGUACAUCGAAAUGAGGUGACCUUUAGAUCAGGCUUUGGGUUUAAUUAAGUGAAGUUAUGCAGUUAUUUUUAUUUAUUCAGUUGCAUUUUAAUUUGUUUCCCCAACAAUGAAAUUUAGGCAAGAUGUUUCCCCCAGUAAGCAUCAAAAAAUUACUUUUUAUCUGAUUUGUGCCCAAUCUGCAUAAUGGACCAGGAUUUGGCAGUUUUUUUUUAAUCUGGAAAACAAGUACAAUUUAGAAAUAAAAAAAAAAUAAAAAAUUCUCCUGAUAAUCCAAUUGAGGAAAAUAACUUGUUUAUGUCUCUUUUUUUUGCUCCUGAUGUGUGCAACAAGCCAGGAUUUGUUUAAUGGUUAUAAAAGAAAAACCCAGAAAUGUCUUAAUUUUUUGUUUUUAACAAAAAACAAGAAAAAAAAAACUUUUUAAUUUAGCCGAUUGCUUUGUACAGCAGCAACGAAACACAGCUGUGUUUUAGUAUAUGUACAUGCCACUGAUGUAUUGCUUUUUUCUUUGAAAUAAAUGCUUUUAUAGCUUAUAGUCGUGCACACAAAGGCAGCAGCACCUGUUCUCUGUAGCUCAUCGGAUCUUUGUGGUAUUCUUGUUUGCAUUCAACAGUUAUAAUCUGCAACCUAAUAAAAACUUGUUUUUGUAUGUUUCA